UGCGUAGGAAGCAAGACACGCGACGGGUCUCGAGUGCUGUGAAAUGGGUGAAUUCUAGAUGAUAGUGCCCCUCAUCGAAUAGUGCGGCCGCUGCUCUGGGCGAUUUAUUUAUGUGUCAUAAAAUUAAACGGCAAUUAUGCGAUAAGCCGCUGCUAAUAAAUAAGUGAAUGCGAAUUUUCUUUCUGUAUGCCAUUUCCGAGUUUUCCCCCUGCAACGCCAGAUCGAACGUUUCGGGGUUCUAAAUAAUUUUUUUUGUCAUUUUUUGUACUUCACUUCGACGACGAGGAUACAAAAAUAGCUGGCGAGAAAAAUGUUUGCUUGUCGCUGAGCAGGAAAGUGGGAAAUGCGUCUGAAACAAAAAUAAAAUUAAAUAGCGCAAAAAUGUUGAAGUAGCAAAAAGUCUAUGCAAAAUAAAGCAAAAUAAAGUGCAAGAUUCGCAAGAGCAAAUGCGUAAAAAAGUGAAAGAAAAAAUACUCGAGCGGAAAUCGUAAAUGAUUUGAAAAAAAAGAAAGAACAAUCCGUGCAGUGAAAAUAAAAAGAUUAUGAAUGAAAAUACCAAGAAAUAAGUGGCUGCAUCUCAAGAGGUUUUUAUUAAAAGAGCAGAGAAAUUAUAUCCAAGUUCAAAGUCGAACGGAUUAAAAUGUGUCUUUAGUGAUCGCGCUGUGUAUUUAGUUGGUUCACCAUGAAAAUCGAAAAUUUCAUAAAGUGGCCUUUUUGCCUAAUCCUCAUCCUGUUGGUCAUCCAUUGCCAAGCUAAAAAGCAACGAAAACGAUUGCCAGGAUUUUCCAGUGCCAAGCAUCUGCAGGAAUAUAAGCUACAACUCAACGAUACCUCCUUGGAAGUCCAGCAGAACAUCGUGUCCUGGUCAGGAGCACGUAUUAUAGCCACUCCAGAGAAGAAGAAGAAGUCUCCGGGCCAAUCAUCAAGGCGGCACAAAACCAAAAGUGGCCUGCUCAUUGAAAGUAACAUUGCCGACUCGGAAUCGAUGUUGGCUAAUGCCUCCUCGGAAUCCGUCACCAAGAAGAAGCCACCACAGCGUCGUCGCAACGGAAAAUUGCAGAAAUCUGGAGGAGGAGGCGGAGGCGGAGGCGGAGGAGCCCUUCGAUUGCUUAAAACUGAAGAGUUUUACUCAUCCAGUGGCCUCUAUCCACCGCUGUUUAAUGUGGUCUCCCGGGCACUGAUCUCGGUGAAUGCCACAUGUGGUCAAAAUGGAGCUGAGGAGUACUGCAAACAGGUCGGCGCCAAGCCGUGUGGCAUCUGCAAUGCCCAUUCCUCGGAUCGGGCCAAACAGCGUUCCAUACAGUCGCUGAUCUCGACGGGCCCAGGACUUGAAGAAGGCUGGUGGCAAUCACCGACACUGCAGGGUGGCCGUCAGUUCGAGUAUGUGACCAUCUUAUUGGAUUUGAAGCAGACGUAUCAAAUCUUCUCAGUGUGGCUGAAAUCAGCCAACUCGCCUCGACCAGCUUCCUGGAUUCUCGAAAAGUCUUUAGAUGGUAUUAACUUUGAGCCAUGGCAGUACUUUGGCCUGAGCGAUGCAGACUGCCAGAGAAGAUGGAAUCUUUCUGGUCAAAAUGGCAAAUACGUUUUCCAGAACGACACCGAAAUUAUUUGCUCCACUCAGUUUUCAAAGCCGGGUCCUUUGGAAAAUGGAGUGCUGCAUGCAUCGCUCCUAAAGAAUCGACCCGGAGCCACGGAUCAGAGUGAAGAACUAAUGAAGUUCAUAACGACUCGUUACAUUAGGAUUCGGCUGCAGGGCAUGCACUCCACUGCAAAUUUGGACAAUAGCUUGGACUGGCUGCUGGACUCCUCGUCGUUGGAGAAGCAUAGUUUCUACUCGCUAUCUCAGUUAAAGGUUAGUGCUCGCCUUGAUUGUAAUGGCCAUGCAAAUCGCUCCCUGGAAUCGCCGGAAGAUCCACUCCUGCAGUGCAUUUGCCAGCACAAUACUUGUGGCAGUCAGUGCGAGCAGUGCUGCCCGCUCUUCCAGGACCGGCCUUAUCAAUUUGGAGGAGAGUGUGAAAUCUGUCAGUGUUAUGGGCAUGCUGAGAGCUGUUCCUAUGACGCCUUCCUGGACAAGGGCAUCUGCCUGAACUGUUCGAAUCACACGGCUGGCAAUGAGUGUGAAUUCUGCAGAAGUGGAUAUUACAGAGAACAAGAUGCUUCUCUGACCGAGCCAUGUAUUCCCUGUUCCUGUGACCCAGCCCGUUCCACAGGAAACUGUCAGCCGGAUGGAGGAAGCUGUAAUUGCCUUGAGGGCUUUCAGGGCAGAAACUGCGAGGAGUGUGCUCCGGGAUACUAUGGAGAUGAGUGCAAGCGCUGUGAGUGCGAUGAAAGAGGAAGUCGUCCCUCCUCUGGAUCUUGCUCGGGUGUAUGUCACUGCAAGCUCAAUGUGGAGGGUAGCACCUGCUCGGAAUGUGCACCGGGAUACUUUGACCUCAGCGCAGAAAAUAGUGAGGGCUGCACCAGUUGCUGGUGCUCGGGUGUCUCUCAAACAUGUCACAGUGCCAAGCUCCAGACCCUGGCCUUCGAAACCCUCAAUGAUUGGAAAGUUACGGAUAUACAGAGACUGAAGCCAAUUUCAAUACCCGUCGAUUCCCAGACAAACCGAUUGAUCUUUGCGGGCGAACUGGAUGAAAUGGAGGCCAUCUACUGGCAGGCUCCGUUGGGCUACUUGGGAAAUCGGUUGACCAGCUAUGGAUCGAGACUACAAUUGCUGUUGUCGUGGGAUGUGAUAAGAGGCGAUAGAUCGGGAGAGCCCACCACGGGACCCAAUGUCAUACUAUUCGGCAAGAAUGGCCUAAAAAUUGCAUUCGGCGAUGAAUCCCUAGAUGGACUUGCGGCCAGCUUGAAUGUAUCACUCACAGAGGAGGGCUGGUACCACGUGCCGCCCACUGUAGAGGAUAUAAAAUCAAGGCUUAGGCGAACCGAGGGUGGAAACUAUCAUGGAGAGCCCGUAACCCGGUCACAAUUUCUCUCCGUUCUCGUUUCCCUCGAUGCUGUUCUCAUUCGAGCAGCUUUCCACACCGAUCAGGUGGAAUCAUCCUUGGCGCGAGCUGUCAUCUAUUCUGGAGGCGUGGAGUUGGGCGGUAAAUCGUCCAACCAAGUGGAGCAAUGCCUCUGUCCAGCGGGCUACACGGGUCUCUCCUGCGAGGGCUGCGCCUUUGGCUACAAACGAAUCUAUGAGAACACCUCUAACCACCAGAUUCUGAGCAAGUGCAUCCCAUGUCCGUGCAAUGGACACUCCAAUUCCUGUGAUCUCCAGAGUGGAAAUUGCGGCGACUGCAUGCACAAUACAUUUGGAGAUCGUUGCGAGCGUUGCCAGUUGGGUUACUACGGAAAUCCCCUCCAGGGAACCCCUAACGACUGCAAGCGGUGUGCUUGUCCCUUGUCCGAGGACUCCAACAACUUCUCGCCCAACUGCCAACUAAAAAGCUACAACUACAUGGACUUGAAUCCUCAAUUUGAGUUGAUCGAGCAUGCUGAGUAUAUUUGUACCCAAUGCCCAGAGGGAUAUACUGGUGAUCAUUGUCAGGUGUGCGAUGAUGGAUAUUUCGGUAAUCCCCGACAGCUGGGUAGCAAAUGUCAACGCUGCGAUUGCGCCGGAGGACCCUGCAAUGUGACCACUGGAGAAUGCAUCACCUGUCGGGGAAAUACCGAAGGCUGGCACUGUGAACGCUGCAAACUUGGCUACUGGGGUGAUCCAGCCGUUGGCUGUGAUCCGUGCCUUUGCCAUACAGAAGGAUCGGAGAGCGGUCUCUGUGAUAGCACCGACGGUCAGUGCCUAUGUAAACCACGAUAUGCUGGCCAGAAGUGCGACGAAUGCGAUGUGGGCUAUGCGCAUGUGGAGUUGCGCUGUCCGUCCUGCAGUUGUGAUCCCCUGGGCUCGCUGGUUCAUGACAGAUGUGAUCCUCGCACAGGACAAUGUCAUUGCAAGGAAGGAGUGAUGGGAGCCAAGUGCCAUGAGUGUCAAGAUGGUUACUUCGGUAUGAAUGCCAUUGUUGAUCAAAUGGAUGAUUUAGCCGCCUUGCCUCAAGUCUCCGAUGACGAUGACGUCGACUGGGCAUUGGUACCAGAAACAGAAGAUUCCAACAACGACUCCGCGGUGGCCUGUGAGGAAUGCCACUGCAGCAGUGUGGGAUCCCUAUCUUCAGAUUGCGACAAGCGAAGUGGACAAUGCGCGUGCCUGGCCAACGUCACUGGAAGAAGAUGCGACAAGUGCCGGGCGGGUCACUGGAACCUUACUGCCGGCGAGGGUUGUCGGGAUUGUCGCUGCGAUCCGCACGGAUCACGAGGUCACGAGUGUAACCCGUGGACCGGUCAGUGCGACUGUAAGAUCGGAGUUGGGGGUCAGCAUUGCAAUGAGUGCACGGAGGGAUUCUUUGGCUUCAGCAUCGAGGGAUGUCAGCGUUGCUCGGCCUGCAGAUCAGAGGGACAAGUUUGCGAUCCGCACAAUGGUCGCUGCAUCUGCCCCAAGUUCACCCGUGGUCUAGGAUGUGGACAAUGUGUUCCGGGCACUUGGGGCUGGCAAGCUCGUCUAGGUUGCAGGGAAUGCGAGUGCGAUCACAUUGGUUCCAUUGGUCAGCAGUGUGCCACCGUCGAUGGACAGUGCCAGUGUCGUGAGGGAUAUGCGGGCAGGAAUUGCGACUCUUGUGCCGUCGGAUAUUUCGGAUAUCCUGAGUGCCGGCGAUGUGGUUGCGAUCCUGAGGGUUCCUUUACUCAGUCGGAUGGCUCAAUUGCCUGCGAUUCGAAUGGCCAGUGCCCUUGCAAAUCUCUUGUCGUCGGCCUCAAGUGCGACACCUGCAUGCAAAGUACCUUUGGUUUGUCUGCCCUUAAUCCCGAGGGUUGUACCCGCUGUUUCUGCUUUGGUCGAUCCAGUGAAUGCGAGCAAAGCGAUCUGUCAUGGGGUCACAUCCGGAUGCCAGAGUCCAGGAAUCUAAGCAUCCAGCAGAUAAGACCUCACAAUGUGCCCAGCACGGACUACGAGUAUAUUGUGGUUGUCCAGAUGGAGGGCAGCAGUUUUCAUCGUGAAGACGCUGAGAUUCAGCGAAUGAAUGAUCUGAGCUUGGUACCCAAAUCUACGGGAAAUGUCUCUAUCGGAGCAUAUGGACAAUUUUAUCAUCCACUCUACUUCCAACUGCCUCCGCAGUUCUAUGGAGAUCGGACAAGCAGCUAUGGGGGCUUUCUGUAUUUCACCCUGAUCACCGAAGGCGCCCAUAAACCCUUAGAACGAAAUGUUUUAGGUCAGCACCCGCUGGUACAAUUACAUGCCCAUUCAAAGUUACUUCUGGACUUUUACGAGUACGAAGAGUUCGAGUACUCCUUGAAUGUAACUCAUCGAGUACCGCUGCAUGAGUCCUUCUGGAAGUAUCAUCACACUAGCCAAGCCGUGGAUCGUAAUACUCUGAUGGCCGCCCUUCAAAAUAUUCGACACAUCUUCAUCAGAGCCUUUGCUUUCGCUGAUUUCCAAGAAGUUGUCCUUCAGAAUGUACAUAUGGAUGCGGCCAUUUACAUUAAAGGUUCUACCAAUCUCAUAGCCAAAGGAGUUGAGCGUUGUAGAUGUCCCAAGCGGUUUGAUGGACUUUCAUGCCAGGAUCCGGGCAGAUCCUUCUACCGCUGGCGCAACACCACAGUCGUGGAAAGUGUAUUUAUUGAGGAUUUAAUAGGAAGAGCAGCUCCCUGUCAUUGUAAUGGACGCAGCAGCGAUUGUGACAGGGAAACAGGAGUCUGUCAGAACUGUCGAGGUAACAGUGGAGGAGAUCAUUGUCAUCAAUGUGCUGAGGGUUUCUACGGCGAUCCCAACUCGCAGUACGGUUGCCAAGCUUGUCCGUGUCCGGAGACCAACAGAAACUUUGCCCGAGGCUGCAAUGUCUGGGAUGGAGAAGUCAGUUGUGUUUGCAAGCCGGGUUAUACAGGACGAUUAUGUGAGCAAUGCCAACCGGGAUAUUUCGGUAAUCCCAUGAAGUAUGCCAACACAACUUGCCAACCAUGUCAUUGCCAUCCUGAUGGCAUCCGAACCGAAGGCUGCGAUAUAGAGACGGGAAGAUGCUACUGUCGAGAGGGAGUCACCGGUCUCAAGUGCGACAAGUGUCAGGUGGAACGACACCAUCUAGUGGAUAAUGGAUGCAGAAUUUGCGACAACUGCACCCUUCUGCUCCUGGACUAUGUGGAAUUGGUGGGUCACAAGCUGCGUCGCGGAAUGCACAACAUGGAUUUGACGGGAAUUCCGGCACCAUAUCGCAAAUUAUCUGAAUAUGAGAGCGCCUAUGAUGAGUGGAAUGGAAGACAUUGGGAUUUUAGCCAGACAAAACAACGACUUCAGGAUUACGACUCCGCGGACAUCCUUAAGCUCGAAGCCCAUGCCGAAAAUCAUAAGUUUCAGACUCGCAAAGCCGUGACUACCAUAGGAAAACGAGAGUUCGCCAUCAAAUCGAUGCGGGAAGAUGCUGUGACCCAACAGCACGGUAUGGGAUUGCUCCGCGCGGAGAUCCUUCAAACGCUUUCUGAUUUGCGGGGUUAUGGAAAGAGUGCCCAUCAUCUAAGCUUACCAACGGCUCUGAAGCAGGCCCGUUUCUAUCUUCAGGCUAUCCGUGAGCACGAUAAAAUGGUGCAGGGAAUUCGCAGCACCAACGACUGCGCUUGGAAGCACUUUUAUGCCAUGGGUAAUGCCUCGGAUUCUGCCUUCGACGAGAGUGGCCGCUUGGAGAUGCUCUGGCGAGAUCUAAAUCAGACAAAUCAUCGGGUUGUGGACUUACGACUGCAAGUCGAUCGAAUCCAGGAGGUGGAAAGUGAAGCGGAUGAUGUCCUAGAGCAUGUCCGCAAUUUGAGUGUCUAUGUUGGGGAAUCUCACCAGGAGCUGAAUGACCUUAACCAGCGGAUUUCCGAUCACCUCGAUCCGGGUUAUCUUGAGCAGGGUGAGGGAUUGGUGAGGAAAACACUCCAGCGACAAAUCUUGCUCAAUGGACAUAUUAACCAGCUGGAUGGCUUAAGGGUAUUACUUAAUACCACAUUGGGAGUGAAAUCGGAGCGACAGCGGGAGGUUCGCAAGCACUGGCUGCCCAAGGCGGAGAAACACGCCAAUCACCUGCUGGCACGAUCCAAUGAAUAUGCCCGCCAAUUCCAGCCCACACGGAAUGGAGCCCGUAUAGCCAUGCUGGCCAGUUCUGCCCACAGUAAUAUAACAAAGGCCAUCAAUGAUGCUCGACAAGCUUCGAUUCUGGCUAAGGAGCGGGUGUAUGAGGCCCAAAGAACUCUCUAUCCCAGCGAUGGUAGCUCCAUGAUCAAUCGAGCCAAGCACUCGCUGCACAGGUCAAGACAACUCCAGCAAGAAGCCCUCAAGCAGAUGCAUAAGUCCAAUGUGCUGAAGGACAAACUACAUCAGCAGGAGCAACAGGUGGAAGGCAUUAAGGCCACCAUAUAUGAUUCUGGUCUGCGAACGAACAAUAUAUCCGGACAACUGCAGGGUCUGUCAGAGGGAACAGCCCGUCGACAGGCGAAGGAAGGCUUGGAAUUGGCCGACAGAACAGGGGAACAAAUGCGAGCCGAACUGCGACUUGCCAAGGAGAUGCAGGAGUCCAUCCAGAACAUGCGAAAUUCAUUCUCCAAUUUGGAACCCGAUUGGGAAAUCAAACUUGGCAUGGCUCAAGAGAAUAUAUCACUAACCCAGACCAACCUUCGACUGGCUAACGUCUCGUUGAGCUACCUGGAGCAGCAGGCCGAGAAGGAGCGGCAGGUGUUCGAGGUCUGGAACAACAGCAUGGCUCAGCAACUGCAGCAGCUCAGAGAUCAGAUUGCCAAGGCCAGGCAUGCGGCAGAAGCGAUCGAUGUCUCCUUGGAAUCCCUGGGUCCUAAAUGCAGUCGUUCCUACCUGCCCACCUCAUACGGAUUGAGCACCUCAAACAAGCUCCGUAUGAGCUUUGCCUUAUCCAAUCACCUUGAGAGUUCUCCGCUGAUCCACUUGGCGAGCAGCGAAGGUCGCCAUAUUACCCUUGAGCUUUACAAGCGUCGGGUGCGCCUGGUGUGGAAUCUUGGUGGAACCACCGCCACCGUCACGCAUCCCAUGGUGGUGGAGACACGUGACCCCAAGUACGACGAUGCCUGGUAUCAUGUCGAGGCCAAUAGGACACUUAAUCUAGGAAGUCUACUGGUGCGCCGCAUGAACAACUAUGGAGAGCUGACCCCACCCAAUCCGCUAACCAUGACAGGAUCCACGGACACGGAACACACGCGUUUCUAUCAGUCCCGAAACGAUCGAAUAUCACUGGGUGGUUUUGCAUCAAAGGAUUUGCACUUUACACCGGGACUCAAUGUGGUGGUGCACCAAGUUGAGGUAGACAAUAAACCUUUGGGUCUGUGGAACUUCGUGAAGAGCGAGGGCAGCUGCGGUGGAUCCAUGGUGGGAGCUAAGGAGUCCUCUGCUUCAUCCACUGCCCGUCAUUUUAAUGGAUUGGGCUAUGCCCAGCUGAUGAAGACCCGCCCGAGACCCACUCGCAAGAAUCUUUUCUCGGUGCAGAUGACUUUCCGUACGCUGGACGAGAAUGCCUUACUCUUCUUAGCGGUUGAUGACAAGAACAACCGCUCGGUGUCGGUAACUUUGAGCCGUGGUCGGAUCAUGUUCCGCAUCGACUAUGGCGAUGAGUCUAAGCUGGAGAUCAACACCACCAAAAAGUACAAUGUUGGUCAGUGGAUCAAGAUCGAGGCUGCGCGAGAGUUCUCUGCCAAGCGCAGUACUGAAAAUGGAAUGCUCCGAGUGAACAACGAUCGUCCAAUUUCCGGAGCACCCACAUUACCCGUAAACAUUCACUUACUGCCAGAUCUCUCCAAGGCUGUCUACUAUUUGGGUGGUGUUCCACCAGGUUUUACAUCGGGUACCACCAAGGCCCCUGGAGCUGAUAAUCCCUUCUUGGGCUGCAUGAAGGACGUUCAGGUGAAUGGCGAGACCUAUGAUCCUCUGGAGAGUUCCAGCUACUAUGGAGUCGAGCCUUCCUGCAAGGACAUGAUUACCAAGGCUGGUUUCUCGGGCAAUGGCUACCUAGAGCUGCCAUCCCAGUCGCUUCGAAAGCGGUCCAACACUGCUUUGGUGUUCCGCACCCUACAGCCGGACUGCUUGCUACUCCUGGCCGCCUAUCCACCUGAGGUCCAGGCCGAUUACGAUGCCAAGGACAUUAAGGGCAACUUCUCCAUCAGCUUGGUAGAUGGACAACUCCAUGUGUGGGUCAAUUCUGGUCGCAGCUUCAUCAAGAUGUCCUCGAACUCCAGUCAGAUUAACGAUGGCGAGUUCCAUGUAGUAAAUUUGAUAAAAACAGGUCGCAAACUGGAGCUCAUGGUGGAUGAUGAGCUGCAGGAGACUCGUAACUUGAACGGCAAUCCCACAGUGGUCAGCCUUCCGCGGGACACAGGUGGGCUGUAUAUCGGAGGAGCUCCGCCGCACGAGAGCUAUACACCCUUGGCACCAACCUUUGUCAACCUAGAAGGAGCCAUUCGAGAUGUGGUGUUUAACAAUAGAACCAUGAACUUUAACGAUGCCCUGACCUUCUCCAAUGUUCAGAUAGGACGCAAUGGUCCAUUGAUGGGAAGCCUCAAAGGAGGACUGUACGAUGUUCUGCUGAAAACUGAACCGAUGAUCGGAAAGAGUUUUACAGCCUCGCCUGAGGGCUGCAAGCGGAUCGGCAGUUACUCCUAUGAGCCGAAUGCCUUCAAGUUCGGAGACGAUAUCUAUAGCUAUUCUCAGCUGAAACUCCCAGAGCGACACUUCUGGCAGCGCAACUUCCACCUGAGCUUCGACUUCCGUUCUUUUUACCCCAAUGGAAUGAUCUACUUGUCUCCAGGAAGCAAGGAGAAACCCAAGCACUAUGUGGCCCUCAUUCUCAAGGAUGGCCAACUGGUUCUGGUGGUGCGAGGUCGUCGGCGCGAGGAGCUUCAGUUGACCGCCAAAUUGAACGAUGGUGAAUGGCAUAGGGUGACGAUAAGCUGCCACGAUCGCAAGGUUACCAUGUCCGUGGAAAUUGGGCGUACUGACCAGAAAACUUCUGCCCAAAUGAAGCUGCCCAAGAAGAUCGGUGCCUCGCAAUUAUUGCUGGUUGGCGGUCUGCCCCAGUCUCCGGUUAAGAUCUCUUCGGAUUUGUAUGUCCGCCUGGAGCCAUUCAAGGGCUGUCUUCGCAGGGUCAGCAUCAACAACAACACCCAGGAUCUGGCCCGUCCUGGCAAGCACUCUAAUGUGGGACAAUGCUUCCCUACGGUGGAAAGAGGCAGCUACUUUCCUGGUGAUGCCUAUGCCAUUUACAAGAAAAACUUUAACGUUGGCAAGUAUCUGGAUCUGGAAACCGAAUUCAGAACUUCGGAACUUUCGGGAAUUCUACUGAGUGUCUCAGAUCCAAAUGGAUUCCCUGCCCUUUCGCUGGAGCUACAUAAUGGGAAUAUAAUAUUCUCCUGUGAUCUUGGGAAUGGAGUCCCUCUGAGAGUGGAAUCCGCACUGCCCACCAAAUAUGCCUUAUGCGACAACAAAUGGCACAAUAUCUCAGCUCUUUAUGAUGGUGAGCAGAUUGUCUUGCGAAUAGAUCAGCUGCCAGCGGUGAUCAGUGUGGGAAACCAGCAAAACGCAGGGAAGGUGCAAACCCGCUCUCCACUCUAUAUAGGCGGGUUGCCAGAGACUGCACCAAGUGGAUCACUGAUAUCGCGGGAGAACUUCAAGGGCUGCAUCCGGCACGUGUCCAUUCGGAACGAGAGACGCGACUGGAUCGAUAUGGAGGAUCUGAGGAACGUGCUACUCAGCGAGUGUCUCGUGUCCAGCGAUGAUAGCUGAAGGUCGUGUAUCCGAAUUCCGGACCGCUUUCCGGGCGCUUCUGGUUCCUGUUGACGCCACACCAAAACUUUUUCCAAAUGUAUUGUGAUCAAUAACGAGUUUAGAGCCAGUUAUUUAUAGCCCUUCACUGCCAUAUAAGUUAGAUUACUCUUAGGAUUAACUUCGAUUUAUAUUGUAUAAUUAACUACCAAUUUUAUUGCCAGUGACUGCAUUUUGUACUUCGCAAUCUGAUUCAUAAUUUAUUUCGACUAUUUAUAAAGUUUUUAUUAUUUAUUUUAUGUUUUAAAAGAGGCUUUAAGUUUGUAUUUCAUUUGGCGUACGACUUAUUAAAAAUGUGUGUUUAUCGAAUCUCCUCCUGUGUGUACAGUAAGCAACAAAAUUUAAUUUAGUAGCCAUAACAUUCAUAACUUUCAUUUGUAAAUAUAAAUGCCAUUUAGUUUGUAUUUAUCUUAGCACAUAUCUACAAUGUAAUAUUCCCAUCUUAAUAAAUUAAAUAAAUACAACUUUAUUUUAACGAAA